AUGGACGACGUAAGUGUCAGUACUCCGCUGCUUGCGGAGUCAGACGCUCAAAAUAACACAACUAGUACCCCUAACGCGGCUUCUGUCACAGAUGCUGGCAAAGUAAUAAACACUAAAAUAGAUAGUUCCCAGGUUGAAGGAGACAAGAAUGAAGAGGAGCUACUAAAGGGUCUCCUCACUGACAACUACUGCUAUGUGUGUGAGGCUGUGCUGCUGUUUGAAUCUCAGCGGCUGUCCCACUAUGAGGGAAAGAAACAUGCUCAGAAACUCAAGGUCUACCUGCAGGCCAAGAAAGACGAGAAGAGAAACAAAGAGUCCACAGCACCCCAGCGGACCAUGACUGUUGAUAAGGAUCGUUUCUGUGAGCUGUGUAAUAUGGUGUUUAGUUCCCACUUGGUGGCAAAAUCACACUAUGAAGGCAAAGUCCAUGCAAAAAAUCUUCGUAAACAAGGUCUUCAGCCCCCAGUUAUAAACAGAUACACAGAGGUGAGUACUGCACAGAGGCUGACUCGGGAUCUUGAUAAUGCUGACCACAAAUCAGACUCAGUGAGUGGUAUGGAGCGUCUUGUUGACCCAGCAGCCACCACAACUACCCCCAGCACAGAGGUGGAUCUGAAGGACCCUAACAAGUACUGUGCUCUGUGCACUGCCUCCUUCAACAAUCCCCAAAUGGCUUUGCAGCACUACGGUGGACGCAAACACCAGAGGAAUCAGGCCAGACAGGAGCUGAUCAAAGAGCUGGGAGAUGAUGUCCAACAAGCCAACUCCCUGAUGUGUCAGAUGUGUGGAGUGCAGUUUAACUCUGUGGAGAUGUACCAGGCACACAUUCAGGGAAACAAGCACCAGAUUAGGGAGAAGAAGGUCGUUGACCUGUGCAAAUCCCAACAAAAAGUCUACAGCACAUUUGCAGAUGAACUGGCAGAUUACAUUCAGGUUCAGAAAGCUCGUGGAAUUACCCCCAAGACCAGUCAGGUCCUUCAGGGUGACACACAAAAGGAGGAUGAGGAAGGUGAAGAGGAAGUACAGGAAGUAUUAAACAAGGGGCAAAUCACAGAGCUGAACAAUCCAAUGCCCAACGUUACUCCCACGUCUGACCCUCCUCAUCAAUCACACCCUGGUUGUUACUAUCCAGCUGGAGGAUGGCGUCCUCCAUAUCAGGUCCCUCCCUGGCCUCCUCAUCGCUGGGACUACAACUGCCCUCCUCCAGUCCUCCCAGGCUCAGGCUCUCCACAGUUCACCAGUGGGCCCAUAAAGAGGAGGAGGCGCAGAAAGCAGUCAAGCUCCUCCUCGUAUACUACCUCAUCAUCUUAUUCCUCCUCAUAUUCCUCAUCCUACAGCAGCAGCACAAGUGACAGUGACGACAGUGAAUAUAAGCGAAGAGAAUGGAGGAGGAUUAGAAAAUCCAGGAAGGAGCGAGCUAGGAGGGCAAGAGAUGAGGGUUUGGACAAAGGAGAGAGGAGGAGAAAACGGCAGAGGAGGGAACGAGAAAAUGACUUAGAGGAGAGAAAAAGAGGGGAAUCUGGAGAGUCAGAGCAAGAGAGGAGGGGGAAAAAGCAAAAGAAACAUAGCAAGCAGAGACAAAAAGAAAAAAAAUCCCGGGACGAUGACUUUGAGGAGGAAGGAGGGGAAAGGGUGAUGGACAAUUUAAAGCCAAAAGACACCAUGGACAAUAGAAAAUAUACUGAAGUGCAUAUUCAGGCUGAAAUUAAUGUUGAGCAGGGGGAGGGUGGGCAGGAUGAGCAGGCCAAAUCCAAAUACAGGAAAGAGAAGAAGAAAAUGAAAGAGAAAGCAGACACAAGGACAGAAGAGGAGAAGCUGUGGGAUGACUCCAUUCUGGGCUGUUAAACUCAGCAGGACCAGCUGAACUGUGUCUCCUGACCUGCUGACGUUUAGGCAAAACACAAAGUCAUCAUGAGCAUGAAUUUGAAAAUGUACUAUUAAAAUUAAGUAUUCAAAUAAUUUUUGGUAGAAGUUAACAAAGCAAUUUUCACCACCACCUUCUCUGAUGGCCCAAAAAGUGUUGUUCUCCGUUGGUGUGCUAGCUGGCUAGCCAUGCUUAGUCGAUUUGUGUUUGUAAGGAAUGAAUGUUAUUUUAGUGUGUUUGGUGGGGUUUCUCUCACAUAUCCACAGCUACAAUAGCUUUAUUUUUCACUAUCACACUUGAUAAUAUCUUUAAUUAAAUUCAUGAUUACAUGAAUUCUGACAGAUUUAAGAUCCCUGUUAUUUUCUUGCCCAUCAUUUUAAAAGAUCAAGAAGUCCUUGACUUCUUAUUGCAUCAGUAACUUAAAUUAUGUCCGAUUGUGUAUCUGUGCUACUGGCAAGGAUGUGUUAGAUUGUGAUCUCUUUAGCAGCCUGUGGUUGGUGCUGUUGAGCUUCAUUUAGAGCAUCGGUAAAGCAAAUAAAAGCAAACAGAUGUUG